GCGCGGCGCUUUCUGUCCGCUCUCCCGCCCCGUACGGCCGCGCCGGCUCCAUCCGCUGCAACUUUGUGGCGCGGGGCGCGGGCGGCGAGGGCUCAGCCCUGCCCGCCCCACCAUGGCCGGCAUCGGCAUCGACCACUCCAAGCUGCCCGGAGUCAAAGAAGUGUGUCGAGACUUUGCUGUUCUGGAAGAUCAUACCUUGGCCUAUAACUUACAGGAGCAAGAAAUUGAGCAUCACUUGGCAACAAACGUUCAGCGUAAUCGUCUGGUGAAACAUGACUUGCAGGUGGCCAAGCAACUGCAAGAAGAGGAGGAUCUGAAAGCCCGUGCUCAAAUCCAGAAACACCGAAAAGACUUAGAACAACAGGACUGCGAGAUCGCUCAGGAAAUCCAAGUGAAACUUGUUUUUGAAGCGGAGCAGAGACGCAGGCAAGAGGCAAACGAUGAGGACAUUGCCCGUCUCCUACAAGAGAAAGAAAUUCAAGAAGAAAAAAAGCGCAAGAAGCACUACCCAGAAUCCCAGGGACACGCAGACUAUGAAGAUAGCUAUUAUGCAGAAAGUGGAGAGCACCCCUGGGUCGACCCCAGAGAGCAGGUUUCCAGCCCUCGCAGGGCACACAGUGGUCAUAAGCGCACACACCGUCGGAGAGAGCACCAAGAAGCGCCCUCGUCUUUGUCCAAUGGUGCCUCCGAACACAAGCAUUCCCACUCAGAGCAUCGUCAGAGGUCUCCUCAACCAAACAAGGCUGUCAGUGGCCAUCAGCAGGAGUACAAAUUGGCCAGCCAGGGGAGGUCCAGGAGACCUCCCAGCCUUGACCUGGAAAGAGAGGCUGGGCAUAGUGCUUGUGACCACAGCAAUAGCUGGGAGCCACGGGAAAGGAGAACAGCCAGCAGGGAAAAGGCUUGGAGACCUCUCAGUCUUGACCUGGAGUCAGAGCAUGGACUCGCAGACCAGGCACGGCACAACAGAAAGCCAACAAGGCAAGGAAAAGAAAAGCACCUUCCUCUUCUUGAGAUGGAACUAGAAGCUGAGCAAGAGACCUGGCAUCAGGGUGGCAGCCAGCUGAUGCGCCCUGAAAGCCACAAAUCCCGUCAUCAGGGCUGCUCGUCACAAGGGCCUGUGCACAAUGGAAAGUUCCGUGAUGUUGAAUCUAGAGAUGAUCAUAGGAGGGGAGAGGAGAGAGACUGCAAAAGGGCAGGACACACGAGACCUUCUCCCUCCCCACAUGCUGUGACCCGGGGAAAGGUUGGAGAGUACCAGCGACACUCAGGCACUAGGUCGAAGGGUACAAAGCAAGUCAUGUAUGAUACACCCCAAAGGGAACAGGAAUUGUCUGAUGCAGAGAUUGCCCGGAAGCUGCAGGAGGAAGAGCUCAUGGCUAAUGAGGCAGAUCAGAAGGCAGCUCAAGUAGCCCAAGAUGAGGAAAUUGCCCGACUCUUGAUGGCUGAGGAGAAAAAGGCUUUAAAGAAAGGGAAGGAGAGAGAAAGGUCCUCCUUGGAAAAGAGGAGACAUGAUCAAGACUGGAAGCAUGAUGCAAGCGAGUCUACACGUUCAAGGUCAAAAGAAGGGCCUGAAACUCAGCGACACAAAGGUGACAGGUCUUCGAGGUCACAGUCUCUCCUCGAUGACUUUGAACACACUCGAUACUACACAAGCCAGCCCAGCCCCUUGCGCCAGACUGCCAGACCUGAGCACUCUCCUAAAGGUUCCCGUAGGAAGCAGUAAACUCUGCUAGCCUUUGCUUUGGUACUGACUCUUCUGUAGCAAACAUUACUGGAAUUGCCAGGCAAUUUUUCAAUUCCUUACCCAAUGGGAGGUACAGCCUCCACUCCCAGGAUCUCCUCUUUAAGUGUCAUUGUAUUAAUAAGGAACACUUGUUCGUUUCAGUUUCUUACACCUAUGUCAUCACUUCAGCAGUGCAGUACAAUCUAGCCGCCACUGAGCUGUGUGAAUCAACCAGCUGAUUUAACAGCUCUCUCUUGUAUUGUUUUGAGGCCUUCGUUUACUUUUAUUUUUUUAUUUUUGCUGGAGCUUUGAUAAGAUGCACAUACAACAGGGAGGAAAAUCCAAGAAUUUAGUUGGGUUAUGGUAGUGCAGCAGAAUGUGAGAAGUACGAGUCCUUUCGAUAUUAGGAUGACUUAGCAAGAAGAGUUGUAAGAGUAAAUGUGUUUCUUCCUGUGCCAGAUAAGACAGCUGAGCCAAUCUGACAGAACCAUGCUAGCUAGCAGAAAGGAGAGGGCGUCUUCAUAACAUACACCAGCAAAAGCCAAAACCUGAGACUAGCAAGGAAGAAGUUGCCUGUAGAACAAUGUUUCUUAACUAGGGUAUUUCUUAACAAGUAUUUCUUCCUAGAGUUUCCAGCAAUUUGGGUAGAGUGUGUAACCAGUCAUUUACCUCUAGGAUAUAGGAUAGAACAGUUAAAAGGAAAUAGAAUUUCAACUGAAAUUAGACUUCGUGUGCAUGACUUUUAAGAUUUGCCAGAUAGUUGAUGAAGCUGCGAGCUGUGGAUUGGGAAGAAUUACACUAACAGAUUUAAAUGCCUGAAGGGACCUCUGUGGUCACAUGCUUUGAGCUUUGGUGUGGUAGAAGCCAGGGAUUUUCACUGAAGCCAGGUGGGAACUACGGUAACUCCUAGCCCAAUUUCUGAUGCACUUGAAUACAGUAACUUGUGUCUGAACCUGUAUGUGUUUUGGAAACAUCUGGGCACUGAUCACUGAAUCCAAAAUCUACAUUUACAGGCAACUUUGAGCUAAACAGUGCCAAACAGUCCACAGAAUGACUGCCUCCCAUUUACGCUGCUCCUGCCCAGCAGCCCAGGCAGACUCCAGUUAGGAUAAAAUGAUUCCUCUCUAGGGCAUGGCAAGGUCUGCGAGAAUAAGGUGUCUGUAUAAAUUUCUGUAUAGAUUUGCUCAUGCAGUGUUUUUGUAUUUUCUUUUUGAUAGCUUUAUUUCCCUCCACUCUUUAAAAAUAAUUCUUCUCAUGCUCAAACAAGUAGCAUUUUCCUUUGGUCACCUCUUAUUUCAAUUUGUCUUAUUAAUUUUUAUUUUUUUUUCAGUUUUAUUUCAAGUGCAUUUUUUAACUCUAAAACCAAGCAUCUGGACACUGAUUUGGAAUCUGUUCAUCUGGUACAGGCUAGCUAUUCAUUGGCAGUCUAGUUCACGGCAACAAAGCGUGACUGCAUUGCCUCUGCAGCCCAGCUUUCUUAGUGCCUGGCACUGAGUCUGUCCUAGCAUGGAGCUGUGGUUCUGCUGUUGAGUUUGCUGAGAGGGAGACAGAGCCAUAGCUGUACUCGCCCUCAUCACCUAUCUGCCUGGGAGAGGAGCCAGACAGCUCUGUAGAGCUUUGUGGAGCGCUGAUAGGAAACUGGAAGAGAUCAUAUCUCUCUGCUCUUGCACUGAUGUACAAUUCAAAUCCCAAGGCAGUGGCUGUUGUCCUUGGUCAGGAUACUUACUGAGGCAAAUAACUAGUUCAGUUGCAAGAGCAAGUUUAAUACCACAGCACAGGUUUAAUACCUUGCCUUGACCAACAACUGAAGAAACCCAUAUCCUACCCCCAUGAGUGUGCUGGCAGCAGUUUACCUGUGAAAAAACAGUUAAGCCCCAGUAGACCUCUGCUUCAGGUAAACACUACCUGGAAAUGUUAUAACAUAGAACUUUGUGCAUCAGCAGCAUCUCAUUAGCUGCAUACCUUUGCUUCCAGACCAUGAGCUUGCUCACAUACAUGGACCCUUAAGUGACUUGCAGGCGCUUGCUUGCUAGCUGCUUCUUCUCAGGAAAUACCCCAGCCAGUGGCUAGAUUUUACUGUCCAUGCCUUGUUCCCUCUUCUAGUUCCGUCUCUGUCCAUUCAGAAGCGUUAACGUAUUUUUAAAGGAUCUGGAAAAAGAACAUCACAGACUGUAUUUUUUUUCUUGCUUUAAUUUGAUAACUUGGGCCAAUGUGGCAACCUCAUUUGCAAUGAUUUUAUUUUGUAAAAAAUUAUUUUUGUAUUUCAUGUAACAGUCACAAUUUCUACUGCUGAAAAUGCCACUUUAUUUCUGUGGGAUUUUUCCCUCCAUUGUCAUCAGAGUAUUUAUUGUUGUGAAAUGGAUGCCUGGUGGGGUUUUAUGAAUGAAUAAUUUCUGCAAAUACUCCAGACCCUGCCACUUGUAUAAUCUAGUACACUUGUGAAAACUGGAUGGGAAAAAAAUCCUGCCAAAUCAGAAAGGGGUUGUACUUUGUACUCACUGUGAAUGGGGAAAAAUGGUGACCCUUUUGUACAAGACAAGGGGAAAUUGCCAACUAGGAACUGAGCCCUCCCUGGGCCUCUGUAGCUGGUUGUGAUGGGCUUCCUUGCACUUGGCUGAUGUAACUUUUGUCUUAUUCUAAUCAGAAAAGUCAUGAAGGCCCUGAGCUUGAUGACAUUUUAAGAACCUUUUAAUUCAGGAGGAAUGCUUGGGAGUAUCCAAGUAGUUAACUUCAAUGGGAGUGAGUGGAAAUGAUACGUGAGAAAACUGGGGCUGAUUUUUUUGUUUGGCAGCUGGGUAAUGUCUAAAGAACACUUCACCUUGUUGGCUUCAUGCAGUCAACAGGUAGGUUAGAGACUUCCUGAAGCAAAGGUUGCAACUGGACUUGUUUGUUUAGUUACCACUCAGAAGGAGAUCCCAUAGUCCCAUUGAAGUCAACAAGGGUUGAGUUAAGACCAUGGGUGGGCAGGGAGCCCAUUCAUCUUGGGGCUCAGCAGCGACAGUUCUGAUGGGAGUCAAGAAGAUGUAGCUUGUGUGGGCAAGAUGCCAAAUCAGCAUCUUGCAUGUGUGUUCCUAAAAAGAGCCACAAUGAAGUUGAUCUUUUAAAAAGAAACAAUCAGAGCAAUAUUUCCUUUCUAUGGCAGAAAAAUGUUAAGUAACUUCAUUUUUUCCUUGUCUUCUCUUGCCAAGUUUCAGUAGCUUUGCCUAUGGUUUUGCUCUGGAUUUAAUAGCAUGUCAGAGCCCAUGCUUGGACCUCUGCCCAGGUCACUUAGGCCUUGCAUUCCUUUCUGACUCUGUGCAUUAACAAGGCAACAGGCACCCUAUGGAAAGUUCAUCACCAUGAAAUCCUGGCACUUCCUAAUCUCCUUAGUAGGCACAACUCACCAGCAAGAGCUCUCGCCACCUCCUCACCUCCGUCCGAAGCACAAUGGUCUGCAGAAGAGAGGUCAGGCGGACCCGAGUGAUCGUGCCUUACGUGCAGGGAUACUCGAUGUCUUCAGCAGGCUGAUCUGAGUCACCUUGCUAUGAAACAAUGUCUUAAUGUGGACUGUACAGCUUUCUGCCAGUGAAAAGCAGUUGUUGUCACAUGGAUAGAUCCAACAGGUUAAUCUCAUCUUUUUUUAAAGAACUUCAUGGGUUUGAACUUAGUGGGAGUGGGAAAAUACCAGCUCUUAGGGGAUGGAUGAUGUCUCAUCAUUGAAUUUCUCCUCUUGGGGAAGAAGGACGGAAGUUACUAAUGCUGCAGUCUGCUUCACUUUAUAAAAGGGAUCUUGUAUGUACAGUAUUUUUAUAUCUCUGCAUUCCCACCUGUCAGGAUUUGAAUCAGGAUUAAUAAUAUUCUCUUACUUAGGGAAAAAAAAUUUUUAUUUUUACAGGGCUAGACUGUUUUGCAUUUUUAUUUUGUGUCAAAUUGCAGCAACUGUUACAUUCUAGUGUUUUCAUUCAGUUUAUUGCUAUUGAUCAAUGUGUGUAUUAUAUAUUUUUAUUAUCAAGGUUUUUAUUUUAAAUCAUAUUAACCUGUAUGCAAACUAACUGUGGAUUGCUAAUUUAUGUAUAAGGGGAGCACUUGGAGACAGUGUGAGGAUUCCCCUACUUAGUUUACACUUGUAACCUAGUACAGCCAGUCCAUGAAACUCAUUGCUUCUUACACAGAAUGAUCUCCUGGGUGUCUGUCACCCCAAGCAAUGCUCCUGCCAUUCCUCCAGGCAGCACUGACGCUGUAAGGCUGUGAGAGAUGCAGUAGGAAAUGAAGCAUAGCUCAUAGCAUGGACUGAUGGGUAACUGAGCUCUUUGCUGUCCUGCUCCUGGCAGUGAUGCCAGAGAGGGUGCUGCAGCAGGAAUCCCCAUUGGGGGUGACUUUGAGUGUUACUUUGCCCUGCAUCUGUGGAUAUAGGGAGAGUUUUGGUUUUGCCUCACUCUCUCAAGAAGCUCAUUGCUUACUUUGCAUUUGCUUUGGGAGGUGGUUGUGGGAUAUAGCAUUGACACACAGCAGUGGGUACUACAGACAGCUUAUCUCCUUUCUCUUUUGUUUGUUUUUGAUUGUUUGUUUUGUUUUGGGUUUUGUUUUUGGUUUGUGUGGGUUUUUUUUUUGUUAUUGUUGUUGAGGAGGACAGGCAUAAACCUACCGAGAUCCCAGUCUACUAAACUUUUUAAAAUAUGUGCCGUAGCAGGCUUCUGGCCGUGCGGUACUGCUGUGGAUGCUCUGGCUGUGUUGUACACAAGUGCUGCUCAGACAAGUGCUGCCCAGGACGGGUGGCAGGAUGCAGGUUUUGUGUUGAGAAGCUACACUGCCCUCAGCUUCUGGGCUGGAGAUGCCAUCAACCACUUCCUCCCUGUGAAGAGGACAGGGCAAAGCUCAGCUGUGCAGUUUGGUCUCUUCCGGGAGAGUCCCAGAGAGGACAGUGGCACACACAAGUGAGUAUUUUCUACUUCAUGGUAAACAGGUUCCACUGUAUCAGUGUUCACUCUAAGUAGACUCCACGGUGUGUCUCCAGCUGCAUCUGUGCACUGCAAUACAGUUAACUAUAACAGAAAUAACUGCAGUUGUCUCAUUUAGCUCUUCAGGAUAAACUUCAGCCUGUUGAAUCUAAAUAUUAGCCAUGCAAUGAGAUAGAUCUGUAAGAAGGUUUAAAUUCCUCAGAGCUGCAAGUGUACCCUGCAUUGCAACAGCUAAUCCUUAAAUAUACAUUGUGCACUGACAAUAAUCUGUCUAUGCAAGCCUAGCUAUUUUCUUUUUUUUUGACUGUUCACUCUAUAAUUUUAUCAGGUUUGGCAUAGAACUUCUGAAUGACAUUUAACCAAAGUAUCAUGUCUCUGUGUGUAUAGCAUGUUUUGCUUCAUACUCCUGAAUUCUCAUUGAAUGUAAAGGGAACAUUGCCUUGCCCCAUGUUGUUCAAUAAACCGCUGUAUUUUGUUA